UGAAAAUUUGAAAAAAACGUAUAAUUUCCCUGGUGCGAUUAGGAAAGCUAUUUCCUAGAAUAUCCGGGCAUAAGACACUUCUUCUGAAAGUUUAAGAUCGAAGUUUGGUGCUUCUGGUGCUGCUUGAAGAUGACAGAUGCGAACGCUUUGUUGGCUCUCAAUUUGAAAAACACUUUAUCGUUUGAAACGAACGUUCGGAAACAAGGUAAGGAUGGCUUCGGUUAAACUUGGUAGAUUUACGAAAGAUAUAAUUCUGCACACAUCAAAGCCGUUGCCUGUCGCAAAAUACUUGAGACAGGAACUUUCUCACAUAUAGAAUGAAUCUAUAAGAAUGCUUUUGUUUUAUAGUACAAUGAUAUAUAUCGUGAGCAGCACAAAUCCAGCGAGUACAAGUUGAAGGACUGUAUUACUUUAAACUGAAGUUUCAUGGCUAGAAUGUUCUUCUUACGGCGGGCCGACUUUCUUUUUCGGAAGGAAAUGUAAAUUUGGCUAAAUUAUACUUUAACAAGCUGUUUUGUCCUUUUAAUGUACUGCGAUGUGAUGGUCCAAGUUCUAAUCGAUUUUUAUCAAGAAUUUGACGUAUUUUUUUAUUCCUUAGAGUGGUCGUAAAUAUUCCCAUACAAACUCUUAUAAUUCUGCCAUGAUUGUUAUUGCACAAGAUGAUCAUCUCACAGCUGGAGCUUGGGCCGCCUGUGCUCUCACUAGAACAGUUACAAUAAUAUUCAGCUAAGACUGACUAAGGAGAGACUUCCUUGACCAAAAUAUUUUGAAAAAUUAACUUCUUUAAACUCUCUUUUAACAUGAUUUGUUAGUCAGGGCUGUAAUUAAGUUUUGAAGCAGCAGUUACCUUGGAGGUAUCACCCACAGCAGUGUAAUAUGUAGUCGGCUAAGUGAAACAAGACAGCAAUUCACUAUCAUGUACUUCCAAAGAUCUGUGCUGUGAUUGGUGUUAGGGAUUGCAGCUCGUAUCAACGGCCUUUCCAGUAAUGCUGCUUUAGUUUAUCAUAUUUUUGUUGGAGUUAUUUUACCUUUCACACAUUUCUUUAGAUUACAUGCUUUCUUUCAACUAUUUUAGCUGAGAAGUAUCUCGAGACAGUGGAAGGUAGCAGUGGUUACAAUGUUCUACUAUUGGGCAUUGUGAAUAAUAAUAAUGAGGGUGAAUUGAUCAGAGUGGCUGCUGCCAUUGCGUUCAAGAACAGUGUGAAGCGAAACUGGAGAAUUGUAAGUCAAUUGGAAGUACAGCAUGAGAACUUGAAACUAUUUUUUUUUAAUGUUCUGUGUAUUUCAAAAACUGAAGGAUUCUCUUUCAUUAAACUGCUAUUUGAGUAACAUAAUACAGCCUGUAAAAAGAUUAGGGACUGAUGUACAUGACUAAACAAUUAAUGCACUUAUUGGUGUUAGAAUGAAUAAGAAAUUCAAAUACUGUGUGAUACUUAUAGUUUCUGAAAUGAACUGUCAUAGGUUUCAAGUGGUAACAAAACACUUUGUAGUUGCCAUUUUGGGCAUAAAGUGUGAAUAUUGAUUUUUGUUUUGUUAGAUUCCUGAUGAACCAAACAAGAUUAACGAUGCUGACAGGGAAACAAGUAUGAUGCAUUGUAGCAGUUCUGAUAUUACUGUGUUAAUUGAUUGAACCACUUCUAUAAUGCAUGGGUUGAUUUAGUUUUACUUGAAUUGAUUUAGCUUGCAAAGCAGUGUAGACCUGCUGAAUAGGUCACUGUGGCUGUCUGCAAUUAGCUAUUACUUCUGAAAAUUCUCACAAAGACAAGUUAUUUCUCCAUCCUGAAAGUUACAGAGUACUCAUUGGAUACAAGGUUGAUAUGAAUAACUUUACCCUUUGCUUUUAGCACCCCUUAAAUCAUAGAGGCACCCUUCCCAAACUCAUUUAUGUAUAUUUAAAUGCAGUUAAACGCAAUGUAAUGGAGUUAACAACAAAGAACAUCAGUGUUCUCUAGUAGUCAGCAGUUUUUUUCAUACGUGCAUGCCUUGGAGUUCCAUGUGUUCUUUGUUUGAGGCGUUCUUGUAUCUACUUUGAGCAUAAACUUACAGCAUUGUGAGGAGUGGCAGCUCAUUGUUCAGGCAGUUUUCCUCACCCCUUCCCUCCCUCUUUCCAAUGUUUAUUCAGUGUGACGGGUGCCUGUUUUCCUUUCCUGUGUGGGGGGCUCGUGGCUGCAUUGCCAGGAUUUGCCAGCCAUGGGAGAAGUCUCCAUUUAGGAGCUGGUUGCCAAUAGUGGAAGCUCCUGGAUGUUUCAGGCACCCAACCUCCACUUAGCAAUGCAGUUGUUAACAAAGUUAUUUAUAUGGAAACAGCAUAAGAUAUUGAUGAUCUGUUUUACUGUGGUUUUCUAGUCAAGAGAGAAAUUGUUGAUUUGAUGCUUAGAAGUCCUGAAAAGCUCCAGAAGCAGGUAGGGACUGGUUUGAAAGCAUCAUACUUGUCAUUGGGAAUCUUAAGCCCUGGAGGAAUUGAAGACUUUUUUCAACUGGAUGGUAUGUUUAUGAACUGAAAUUUGGAUUGGAAACUCCCAACAUUGUGAGCCCCUCUCUUAACCUCAGAAAGGGUGGAGUGGAUGAAAAUAUGCUACUAUUGAUAAAACUUAGAAAUCAGGGAUCAAAAUGAAUAAAUUUUUAUAUAGUGCAAGUUGUAUACUCAUGUAGAAAAUAAAUUAUUGGAGAGGUAGAGUUUUGUAUUGUAAAUCUAAGGGGUGAUGUUUUCAUCACUUUGGGGUAACCAGAUAUUUUUCUUUGUUUUAUUCUAAUGACAAAAGAAUGGUAUCUUUCUUUGAUUUUGCACAAUAAGCUUAGUGUUUGUGUUUUCUCUCUUUAUUCUCAGCUCAGUGAUGCAGUCAGUGUGAUCGGCAGAGAGGAUUUCCCACAAAAGUGGACAAAUCUGUUACCAGUGAGUAAUGACAGGGAGGAAAUUCCUUGUUAAGGGAGUGCUUUUGAAGAACAGAAUCACUUUCAUUGAUACAUUCUGUAUUCAAAACUGAGUCACACAGCUGUUGCAGUGUCACAAACCCUAUAUGUAUAUUGUGAAGUAACUUAUGUUGGAACUUUUUCUCCAGGAAUUAAUGCUAGACCAUCACAUAUCACCAACUCCCCUUCCCUCCUCUCCUUAGCAUUUUUUUAAGUUGAGAGUCCUGUUCAUGCACACAGUACACUGACCCUAAUGUAAGCUUUAAACUGGAGCUUUUGCCAACAGACUUUGACUAUUAGUGGUAUAAUGCUACAACAGAAAACUGUGCACAUAAUGUAAUGUCAACUUAAAGACUGGAACUGAACAGUAAUAAUAAAAGUUUUGUAUGUCACAUAUAGAUAAUUUCUUUGGUUAUUUUAUGGAUGGUAUGAACUUCUGAAUUUGAUUAAUUUGCAGGAGCUUGUGGCCAAAUUCAAACAAGGCGAUUUUCACCAAAUCAAUGGAGUUCUACAGACUGCUCAUUCACUAUUUAAAAGGUUUGAUUCCUGUCCUUGUAGUUCGUUAAAAAACCUCUUGAAUUAUCAUGAUCAUGGACCUGCUUAAGUCUAGGGUAAUUGAACUUUGUAUAUGACACUUUUUUGGCAAAAUGGCUUGACACCAAGUCAGCUCAGAAAGAAGAGACAAUUUCAUGGAAGAGACUAACAGAGUAUGAAUGGUAUUUUAUGAAAAUGUUUUCUCACCUAGAUUACAUACUACAAAAAACUAAGUUGGAAACAUGUUAUUUCCUGCAAUAUGACUCCUGGACAUAGAUUGCUAAUUUAUUCUCUAAUUUUUAAAAUUGUGACUAGAUAUCGUCAUGAAUUCAAGUCCCAAGAACUAUGGACUGAGAUCAAGUUUGUGUUAGAAAGGUUUGCAGAGCCAUUGACAAAUCUCUUUGAGGUUAGUAGUGUUGUCUUGGUUCAUUUUUGUGGCACCCAUCAUUAUGGCAGUUGUUUCAACUCAAAUGAACAAACUGAAUGUGAGGAACAAGCCAUGAGUCCUGUCUCAAUAAUUUGCCAUCUUUUCCUGCUUUGGUUAUAACAAUUAAUUUGCACCAUUGAAUUUAGCUGAAUUUGUUGUUCCUUUCAUAUAUGUGAUUGGUUGACUUUCUUUAAGUAUCCAUGGCAGUAGCAAUGGUACUGUAAGACAAAUAUGAUUGGGCAAAGACAAGUGCCACUUAUAUUUUCCACAUGAACAAAAAUGAAGAGGGCUGGUAAAAGUAGUAAAUAUAUACAAACCUUUCAAUCAAAUUUCAUUUUCACAUUUGUACAUGUAAGAUUAAGGUGUAUUCUUGUUACUGCUCUCUCUAGGCAAUCUGUAAGUUUGUUGUGUGAAUCUUUCAUAUAAUUCAGUAUCUGGCGUAACAACUGAGAUCAUGUGCAAUACAUGAAGAGAUACUUUCUUUAGAUGAAUUCUCUUUAUCUCUCUCUUCUUAAGGCAUUUAACAUACAUAUGAGCACUUUAUGUUCUAGGCCAUAAUGGAAGAAGCAAACAGAUGUGGAGGUGACCCAGCUAAACUAAAGGACAUUCUCAGCUCUAUCUUGCUUAUUUGCAAAGUUUUCUACAGCUUAAAUUUCCAGGUGAUCAAUAAUGUGUUCAAACUGACUCACCUCUGUUGAAGUUUGAUGUUAAGAACUUGAAAAUGUUCUGUAAACCUUGAAAUUUUUAAAAAUGGGAAGUAUGCUUGUGAGCAUUCAAGCUUUUAAAAUGCAAAAAAAAUGAGAGUCACUGUCACAGUUAAAUUUUCUGGUUGCUUUCACUUUGAAAUGUGUGAUGUUCUAUGGAAAGUUAUAUUCUGAUUACAAACUAUUGUUUAGUGCUAGGGGUAAUAACAGAGAACAUAGGACUUAAAAAAUCCCAAAAUAUAACUUAUCAAGAAGCAUCAAAAACUUUUGUAUUUGUUUGUUUUUUUUAAGAUUGUUUUUUGUUUCCAAAUUAUUUUGAAAAAUAUCCUUUGAUAUUUGCAUUUGAUUAAGGCAUCUUCACUAGCUCUUGUAAUGGAUGUGUACUUUAAAUCCUUAAUUCUUCCUAUACAAUGAUGAAAGUGCAAAUUUAUUUACCUGUACCUUCAAAGCUCACUCUAGAAGUAUUUUCAACUGAUUGUGGAAAUAAAUGUUGCAGGACUUGCCUGAACACUUUGAGGAAAACAUGGAAAAGUGGAUGAAAAACUUUCUCAUUCUUCUAACAACAGACAGCAAACAGCUGCAAGUUGAGGUUAAUGUCAAUUUUUUUUGUUAUAAGACAACAGUGCAGUGGAAGGUUUCUCCUGGGAUACCUCCACUCAAGGGAUACUAACUGUUGAAAUAUGAAAACACCAAAAAAGAAAAAACAAAUUGCACUGGCAUGACCUUUCUAUCUGUAGCCCUUCAUUGAGAGGAAAAGGUUCUUUGGUCACUUUCAUUUACCUAAUAACAUGUGAAAAGAUGAAGGAGUUUUGCAUGUGCAGCAUGCAUUUUUUAUUCACUUCCUUUUUAGAACUCCAACCUUUUGAACCUCUCACUUUGCAUUGCCUGUUGCAAGAAUGAAAACAGCUGAAAAUAAUAGAAUAGCAUAGCAACUUAGAGAAUCUAUAAACAAACUUGGAUUGCCAAUGUUAAUUAGAGUUAUAGUGAACUGGAAUUCUGUAAGCAAAAUAGCAGCUUGUCCUUUCAGGUUUAUUUCAAAUUGUUUAAAUUUCAAGUGUUAUUUAUAUUGCUUGGAAGUCAUUUCACUCUGUAAUUCUGCCUCUGAAAGGCUUUUGCUCCCCAAUUUGAAGUGUUGAGGUCAUAGGAAAAUUACAAAAACAGACAGAAUCAACUGACUAUCGGUUCAAAUUAUUAUGACUUAUCAAAUGUAGUGGGGAUUCUUUUGUUUGACUUUGUAGGAAACGGAAGAAGCUGGUCCAUUAGAUCUAAUUAAGUCACAAAUCUGUGACAAUGUAGCCUUGUAUGCUCAAAAAUAUGAUGAAGAUUUUGAGGUAGAGGAAUUCACUUAUUGAUGAUAAAUUUUUAGUAGUUAUUGUAAGCAUUGCUAAGAUUGCUUGGUGUGUCUUGUUAAAAACUUUUUUUCCUAGUGAAUAAAUCUGAUAUUAUCUCGACAGCUAUACCUACAAGGAGACAGAUAUGCAGACAGAUUGAUUGGCAUAAUGCUUUCUCCUAAACCUUCUGAAAAAAUAAUUAGAUCCUGUACUAGUAAAAUCCCUUGUUGCAGCAAUUUCUUUAAAUAAAAAGCAUACUUAAGAAUUCUGAAUUCAAAUAUUACAAAUCAUAUAUUUUAAAGUAGCAAGCCUAUAAAUUUAUAGUUAUAUUUCCUUCUUCAACUUUCAUUUAUUUUUUUGCAGAACUACUUGCCAAAGUUUGUGGAAGCUAUUUGGAACCUGCUUGUGAACACAGAGAAAAUAGCAAAACAUGAUAUUGUGAGUGUGAUUGUUAUCAGUGAAACUUCAGCAGGCUCUGCUUGGAGACUGAGUUAAUCCUUUACAUCCUAACAUCAGUAUACAUUUCUCUAUACUGUUCUCUAAACAUUUCCUAUGGUACUGACAAAAAGAAUUUGAUGAACAAUCCAGAGCUUUAGUUGGUGAUCAUUUCCUUUAUUCUCAUGACCUCAAUGUUUGUUUUAGGGGUGAUACUGAAAGGAGAAAAUAGUUACUAAUCACUCUUAGGGGUUAAAGGGUUCAGUUAAUUGACAUUUGUCAAAUCCACCAAAAAAAAAAGUGCAUAUUUGAUAAGUGUGAGUUUUACUUACACCACGCGGAUAAACAAAGAAAAGAGUGUACAAGUGGUAUACUGUGCUAGUUGACUUUAUUUUCUCAAACUUGAAGGGUUUGAGGUGUGACAGGAUUUAGAGAGGUGAGCUAGGAUGCCAAAGUAACUUUUUAAUGGAAGGACAUUUGACAACUGGGUACUUUUUGGUUUACAGGUUAUUAGCAAUGCUAUUGGAUUCUUGGCAUCAGCAGCAGAGAGAAAUCAGUAUAAAUAUCUCUUUGAAAAACAAGAAACCUUGGAAAGUAUAUGUGCAAAUGUUGUUUUACCAAAUGUGGAAUUUAGAGGUAAAUUUUUACUGUAUUCGGUAUUAUUUAAUAUUAUUCAUCAUUGUUUUUGCCUCAUUAUGUUCAACUUGAUGGUUUGGUGGUGUAGAAAUUUUAAAGAGUGGUGAUAUUUCUGUUUCAGUUUCUUUCUGGUGGAAUGUUCAGUAUUGCAAUAUUAUUUACUGGUCUUUUAAUUUUCAUCAGAGGAAGAUGAAGAAGUGUUUGAAGACAAUCCUGAGGAGUACAUCAGAAGAGAUAUUGAGGGCUCAGGUUUCAAAUGAAUUUCAUAUUUUAUUCAAUAAUAGUAAUCAUAACUUAAUAUGCCCCUCAGUAUUUGUUCAAUGAACUUACUGAAAAAAAAAAAAAGAGGAAAAGAAACUGAUCUAUUUGUCUACACUUUUAGCAGAUCUUAGUGAGCAGGGGACACCAUGAAUAAGUGAACUAGUACUGAAGUGGAUAAGACAUGAAUCAUUAUAAAAUAAUUCUAAUAGUAAGCGCGCUCUGAUUGGCCAUAAAACCAUUUUACAUGAGCGUAUGUAAACACGGUUUUCGUUCCUCCUUCAUUAGUUAUUUUAUAAAAGAAAUGUAAAAUGGUUUCUGUGUUUACAUAGCCUGGUGUAAACACGCGGGAGGUUGGGAGAACACUCAAUAAGCUGGAAACCACUCCACUUUGCGUCGUGGUUUCUUACGCUUAUCUCGUGUUGUCCCAACCUCCCGCGUGUUUACAUCAGGCUAUGUAAACACAGAAACCAUUUUACAUUCCUUCAUUGAAAAAUCCCAAUGCCUGAGGAACAAACCAGGUUGACUAGGAAAGUUAAGAAAUGAUUUGAAACUUAGAGCUUCAGAUUUCAAAUCCAGAGAACCAAAACAGUAGCGGUAACUGCAAAUAUUCUUUCAACAAUAAAGUUAUUGAUUCUUUUUAGAUGUGGACACCAGACGUCGUGCAGCCUCCGAUCUUGUGCGUGGAUUGUGCAAAUUCCAUGAGCAGCGUGUUAUAGAAAUAUUUUCUGGCCAUGUUGUGUCUAUGUUACAGGUAACCAAAAUUAUGCUUUGAUUCCUGAAAACUACAGAAGAACUAGAGACUGAAAGGAAAAUGAGCAAAGUUUGUCUUUCUCAUUCCUGCUCUCAUCAUUCUAGUUUUUUUGUUUUCUUAUAUUUGUCAAUCUUAUCAACUCAAUAUAGUGAAUACACAGUACACGUCACAAAAUUACUAUCAAAUAUGCAUACCAUGAGGGUUACAAAUCAUUGAUGCCUUUAAAUGUUUCUUGGUUCAUACUUUUGCUGUGAAUGUCACUCGUUUGAAGCUCUUGCAAGUUACUGAUCAGUCUUAAUAAGACGUAUAUGGUUAAGGCUCGUGUGAUGAUUAACUUUCUCCUUGGUAUAUGGCAGCUUUAUCAAGCAGAGAGUGGCAACAACUGGAAAGCCAAAGAUGCUGCAAUCUUCCUUGUUACAUCACUUGCAAGCAAGAAACAGACUGCUAAGGUAAUAAUUAUGUAUACCAGCAGGGUUUUCAUCAGGCGUUUUAUAUUGAAGUAUGCUGUAUUCUUUGGGUAAAUUUUGCUGGAUUUUUAUUUGGUUUGGGUACAAUUUAUACCAUUACAAGUUUUAAUUUAAAGUUUGUUGCUUGCCUCUUAUAAUUUGCUGAAAGUAUCGUUAAGAAGUUCUAGUUGUGUAGUUUUGCCUUCACUGUUUAACUCUUUCUUCCUUUCAGCAUGGGACAACACAAGCAAGUGAACUUGUUAAUUUGCAGAGCUUUUUCACUGAACAUAUUUUGCCUGAGCUACAGAUUAAAAAUGGUAAGUGAACCAUUAUGAUUGUUUCUCUAGAUCACCAAAUCAAGUUCGUUUUGUUUAACCUGCAGUAAAUAGAAAAAAACUUGCCUUCUUUUUGCUAAAAUUAGACUGAGGCUGCCAACAGAAGUUAGUAUUGUGGAGCUUUGUGAGCUUAACUUCCAUUGCUUGCAUUUACACCUGAGUAUGCAUGGCAAAAACCUUUUUUUAUGUAAUGUCAACUGUUGCUAACAGAUUAAAUUUAAAUCUGUUUUAUAUACAAUUGAGUUACAGGUACGAUAUUCCUGAAAAUUAUUUUCAUUUUGUCCUGACUUUUUAUUGUCUUUUUCUCUCUUUUUCAGUUGAUGAUCAUCCAGUGCUGAAGGCUGACUCCAUCAAAUAUAUUAUUAUCUUCAGAAAUAUGGUAAGUCGUUUAAAGAUAAGCUACAGAAUGUCUUUCUCACUUCUUUCUGGAGGAAAGUCUUAUAGUUUAUACUAGGGUUUUUGUACCAGGAAUAAUAAAAACUAUGGUAUGAGUAAUUUUAAAUAUGUCAAUAAACUGUGAUGCACUGCCAAACUCUUACAACCAACAUUAGCACAAAUGUAUCCCAGUGAGUAAUGGGAAAUCAAACAGGUCCUACUGUUCAAUACUGUAUCUAAUGAAAGAACUUUACAUCUGCAAUUCUGUCUGCAUUUAUUCUUUCAGCUUUCCCUUGAACUAAUUGUGGGAUGCCUGCCAUUCCUUGUGAAGCACCUAAAGGCUAAGAGCCAUGUUGUACAUAGUUAUGCUGCACACUGCCUGGAGAAGAUCUUUACACUCAAGAAUCCUCAAGGAAAAGCUUUGUAUGUUUCAUUGUUUUUGAUGUACUUGUAUGGGGGUAUGCCACCAUCUGUGUCAUAUGAAGUCCUUCUAAAUCUUCAUCUGAAACCUUGUAUUUAUGGGAAAUUUCUCCAAUUGAACAUUCUUUAUGUUGAAAGGGCUCCCAUUCUCAUGUGUAGCACUGUAUAGGAAAACUGUUUGUUUUACAAAUAUGUAGGAGACAUUUGGUAAUGUAAUCUUAUUUCUUUUUUUUUUCCUCCCAAUGAUGCAAUUUUUAUCUAAUGAAAUCAAGAGUUAAUGAACACAUUGAGAAUUGGAUCCAAAAUUGUUCUUUCAAUUUUUUUUAAUGUUCUUUGAGUUAAAUUCUGACCCUAAGAUUUUGUUACCAAUAUAGAAUUGCUUUUUGUUACCUUAUUUAGCUGCUGUCAUCUUAAGUGUCUUCAGAGCUACAGAAAAUAUUGAGCAUGUUGGUGAUAUAUUUUUUUUCCUGUGUAGAAUUGGUAAGGUUGAUGUGCAGCCACACUUAGAGGAGAUGUUAUCAAAUCUCUUUCAUUUGUUGAAAGUCCAAGGCUCACAGGAGAAUGAAUAUGUUAUGAAAGGUACUCUAUUUCUUUUGUAGAACAUUAGUAAAUCUGCCACAUAAACUUCGGCAUAGUUCUUCAAAUCAAUUAUUUGUGGUUGGACUUCUCUGUCCUGUCUUCAAAUGGAUUAUGACAGCUCUGGUUCUGUUCAAAUGGAUACUUUCCUGUGAGAAGGGUGACCCUUCUCUCAGGUUUCUUUUUCCUGAGCUUAUUACUCACAAACUGCAAUUGGCAGGACAAAUGACAGCACAACUUGCCUUUCUGCACUCAUAAUGAGAGCCGCAUUACUUGUGGUUUGCACCAGCAAGGACCUACUUUGUUAAGUUCAGUUUCAGAUGGAAAACACCUUAGUUUCUCUUUCCCAUCACAGGAUUAGCUGUUGAAGAAAACAAUCAGAAUCCUACUAGCACUUACUAAUAAAUCAAACUGCCCGAGAUUGUUGCUUUAGAGAAGAUUAUCAAUCUGUUUUUUACAUGCAGCAAUCCCUAAUUGGCUAGGGAGACACAUAGUUUCCUAUUAUGGGACUAAAAUGUGCAGCCAAAAUGUGCUGGUUCAAAGGACAACUUAAGAUGGAUACCCAAAUAGAUAGCAUCUGUAAAACUGCAUUUUUUCACUUAUGUAACAUCAGAAGGAUAAGAAAAUUUCUUAACUUUGAAUAUACAAAGAUUCUAGAGAAUGCUUUUGUAACUAGUCGUUUGGACUCUGCCUAACAACCAACUACAUAAACUACAGAGAAUCCAAAAUGCGGCCGUUCAGCUAAUCUGUAAUUUAUGUCAUUUCGAACACAUCACCCCAUCACUGUACAGGCUUCAUUGGCUACCCAUUAACUAUAGAAUCCAGUUUAAAAUUCUUCUUUUUAUAUAUAAAGCCCUCAACUGUAUCACUCCUCGUUAUAUAUCUGAACUUGUAGAACUGAAACCAGCCUCAAGGUACAAUCUUAGAAACUCUGAUGAUAUGCUUGUACUGAGCAAUCCUUCUUUUAAGAGUUGUAUCACAUUAGUUGACCGCUCAUUCAUAUAUGCAGGGCCUAAACUGUGGAACAAGCUACCGAGAGACAUAUGUUAUGCCAAUACUGUACAUAUUUUUAAGGGUCUUCUCAAAACUCACCUGUUUAGGGAAGCCUAUCUGCUUUAAAUACCAUUGGUCUAACAAUAUUAUGAUAGUUAAGAUUUUAAUGAUUAUAAAGAUUGUAAUGAUUAUGUAUACCAUAGUUUUAAUAAUAUCACAUUUGUAGAGAUUUUAAUGAUUAUAAAAAUUGUUAUGAUUGUAAAUACUAUACUUUCAAUAAUCAGGAUUGUAAAGAUUGUCAUGAUUGUGAUGAUUGUAAAGACUGCUGUAAGAUUAUUAUACUGUAAUACACGUGUGAGCAUCUGCAUAUGUAACAUGCACAAUAUAAGUAAAUAAAUUAUUAUUAUUAUUAUUAUUAUUAUUAUUAUUAAAAUUGUAUAGAAAUAGUUAUAUAUUUUUUUUUUGGUUGUUAUUUUGCAGCAAUUAUGAGGUCAUUUUCCCUACUCCAGGAAGCCAUCUUACCUUAUUGUGUUGUGUUAAUUGCUGAUUUGGCAUCUAAACUGGCUCUGGUUAGCAAGGUGAGGACUUUAAUACCAAGAAUGAUCAGGAUUUAAUUUCUCUUUUAUUGUGAGCAUUAACCCUUGAACUCCCAUGAGUGACCAAGAGAAAUUUCUUACAAUAUUGAUACAACAUCAGGGAGACAAGUAAUGAAAAUAGACCAAAAUUUCCAUAAGGGGAUUAUAUGUUGAUCCAAUACCAAAUUCUCCAAAGGAACUUCAAAAGAAUUGCAUGGCAGACAGUAGCGAGAAUUUCUCAUGAGAUCCUGGGAGUGAAAGGGUUAGGAUUAUUAUGCUGAUAGGAAAAGGUUAUGAAACUUGAUAGCCAUCUUAAUCUUGUGAUGUGUGAUACAUGAUUAAAACGUUUUUCUAGAUUUAGAGAAGUCAAACAUAGCACCUUUAUCUAGGCUACCUUAAAUGAUUACAGAGAAUAAAAACUUCAUUUAUAUUUUUUUUAUUGUUGAAAAUUUUUUCUGUGGUUAUUUAAGGAUGGAUUUGAUUUUCUCUCCUUUUUACAGAAUCCUAGCAAACCACAAUUUAAUCACUAUCUUUUUGAAGCCAUUUGCUGUGCUAUCAGGUGUGUUAAAACAGCUUUGGUUUUGUCAUGUUUUUUUUUAUCACUAGAGGAGCAAAGUCACAGGGAUAGUUGUGCACUGAAAAGGGAGAAUAAAUGAUGGUACCAAUCCGAUAUGUCAAUGCAACUGACAUGUUUGGGAAGUUCCUUGUCAAUAAUGAUAGUUGAUAAAUUACAUAAAUCAAUCCUAUAAUGAACUGACUGUGUAAGGAGUACAGCAGAUUAAAAGUGCUUAAUUUCAAAGAAAUUAUACAUGUGUGUUAUUGUGUGUUUAAUUGACAUUUGAGGCAAAACAACAGUACACUGAACUAUAGUAUGCUUCAAGUUUUGAAUAGCAAUAAUAAGAUAUGGCAUGUAUAUUACUGAAUUUAAAUUCAUUAUUUAAAAGGUCAUACUGAUUAGUUCCUUAUACUUUUAUAUUAGAGUUAUAUGCAAAGCAGAUCCUUCAGCAGUGGCAGGAUUUGAGAAGAUGUUGUUUCCUGUGAUUCAAGAAAUUCUCACAAAUGAUGUCACAGGUACUAAGUGAAUCUAACAGAUGUAACAGUUAAAUUAAAUUGUAGCCAAAUGGGGGGAAAAAAAACAAAGAGUUCUUCAGCUCUGGAAUUUAUGUGAAGCAUUUUUAUUUUUUAAGUUUUGUAUACAUUCAAACUCUGUUCAUCCUUGUGUGGUGAAGGUCACUUCCUUUGGACUUUACUUUGGAUUUCCCAGCAGAUUUGGUUUAAGUAAAUGCGGGGUAAUGUUUGGCAAGAAUUGAUGUCUGUGUUUAUAAGAAAUGCCUUCAUAAAUACAGGGUUUGCAUGAAUCAUGAAAAACUUAUAAGGCAUGGAACUAAAUGAAUACAUUUCCUAGGCCUGGAAAUAUAUGAAAAGUAGGCAUUGGUGAUGAACCUUUUUUUAGAACAACAAGGCUAAAAAAGCCUUAAAUGAAUUUUGGAUCACUUUGAGGCACUUGAUUGGGGAUCAUGAAAAAAUAUUCUGUACAUGGGAACAGCUUUGAGUUAAAUCGUCUUUUACUAGUAUAUGUGCCCAUGAAAUAUCCUCAAAUGAGCAAUUAUCAAUUAGCCUAUUUAGGUGUAUGAGGCUGCAUUUUAAUCCAGAUUGGCUGUCAUGAUGCAUUUCAUUUUUGUAUUGCCGUUUUGUUUUUCACAGAGUUUCUCCCAUAUGUGUUCCAAGUGUUGUCAUUGUUGCUGGAAAUUCGACAUGAAAUUCCAGAGCCUUACAUGGAGCUCUUUCCUCUUCUUCUCUCUACAGUUCUCUGGGAAAGAAAUGGUACAAGAUCGAAAUAGAUUUUUAGAAAUAUUAUAGAUGAUUAACUUUCCCUUACUCAUGAUAAGUGUUUUUGCCUCUUAAAACAUCUGACAAUAGUUUAGAAGGGCAAGUGCUAUUAAGGGUAGUGACAAAGGAGGGUAGCAAUUUCCUCAGUACAAAGGAGGUCACCAUAGCAACAAAGCCACAGCCCACUUCCAGCCACCUUUCAACACAACACUGACAAACCAAGUGUGAGGAUUUAUAGACAUACUCAGGAAACAAGUUGAAUAAAGCACUUGGCAGUACCCCUGCAAACCUUCUUGGGGCUCCCCACAUCCCAUGGGCGACCUUAGCUUUAAGCUGUCCUUAAUGACUGUUAUUCUUCAUUAGACGAUAUUCUUAAUUGUUACCAUACAUUUAAUAAACCACAAGACCCCGAAGCUUUUUUAUAACAAGUCAUUUUAGUUAUUAGCAAAACUAUCCAUUUAGCAAGUUUUUCUUGAAACUUUUUUUUAAUUCAUAUACACUGGAUGCAUUGUUAGAUUAAAGGAUAGCAGAAAGUCUUAUACUGACACAAAAUCAAAGUGAUGUCAGUUUUGUCAAUUAGAUUGUGAUCAAUUUGUCUCAUACUGAUCCACCUGCUUAUUCAGGAAACAUACCACCACUGGUGCGUUUGCUUCAAGCCUAUAUCGAAAAGGGAAGCAAAACUAUUGUGGAAACAAAGAAGGAGGUAAUGCAGAAACUACUCAUUUUUGGCAACAAUAACAUAAAAAGUUAAACAGAGUACUCUAACUUUACAGAUAGAUCAAACUUGUUAUCACUCAAGUGAUAAGCAGUAAAUCUAAUUCCUUAACAGUUAGCAACCUUGAAAACCAUGGAGGGCCAACCACUCAUGUCAUAUCUGGGUUAUUGCAUGGGGCUGAGUAAAUUUAAACAUUAAUAUCAUUCAUGUUUUCAGAAGUUGUAGAAAUUGCCCUUGGGCUUUGCACAACUUUGGCAAUUUCUGCAACUUCUAUAAACACAAGUGAUUUUAGUCCUUAAAUUUAUGACACAACAAGUGAUUACUUGUUUAUGAUAUAGAGUAGGUACAAAAUGCAUACUGUUAUGCACUUUCAUAGGAAGCCAUUUAAGUGUUUUGUCAGUGUCAAUAAUCUGUAAAAUGCGUGAAUUGGCUGAAUGAAAUUUUAUUUGUUUGUAGCAAUGCCAAAGUAAUAAAACCAGCCCCACUAAAAACACAUUUGCUAUCAAUUAAAUUAUAAUACAUUUAGGAAAAAUUAAGGAAAAUGUCUGCUGUCUCAGCCAAUCGGCAUUUAUUGAUUUUGCCCUCCAUGUUAUAAGGGGAGAAACAGUUGAUUCUAUUAACUCAAAGUUAACCCUGUAUAGAUGUGCUUGACCGUGUGUGAAUGAUUCUUUAGGUUUGGCUCUUUCCUUCCUUUUGAUGUUUAAGGUCUUGCUGGGAGAAUGUUUAGCAAACAGCCAAGGAUUUUGAGUUAUUGUAGUGUGCAUUUUUUUAAAAAAAGAGAAAAGACAGGAUUGUAAUGCAAUGAUAAUUUUGUUUUUGUAUUGUUGUAACAGAUGGGCAUGCUAGGUGUUUUUCAAAAGCUUAUUGCCUCAAAGAGCAAUGAUCAUGAAGGAUUUUAUCUGAUAGGAAGCAUGGUGGAACAUUUUGAACCGUAAGUUUGUAUGAUUCUCUUUGAAAUGUUUUCACUAGUGAUUUGUAAAGCGAAUGACUUGGUAAAGUUUUGUUGAUUAAUGAAUGUGUUUUUUGUUAUACAGGUCUUCCUUGGCGCCACACAUAAAGUCUGUUUUUCUCAUCCUCUUUCAAAGGUUACAGAGUUCAAAAACAACCAAAUUUGUCAAAGGUAUUACCUGUCAAGAACACUUGUUUUCUUAGAAUUUAGCUUUAAAUUGUGAAUUUAAAUUGGAAUCUUAGAUGCCUCUUCAAGGUCUUUUUCCCUCUAAUUUGUCCUUGUUGAAAUAAAAUUUCUUAUUAAAUUUUUAAAUUAUUCCCUGUUGUAGGUUUGCUGGUAUUUUUCUGUCUUUAUGCUUCUAAAAGUGGUGGAGAAGCACUGAUGAAUACCAUAGACUCCAUUCAGGAAGGGUAAGGAGGACAAAUUGUAAUUAUUUACUGGUUUACAAAGGAACCAAACCUGUACUGCAAGAUGUAGACAGUACUUUGACAGAAGGAGGAGAGUGUAAUCUGUCGUGUACCUGCUGUACCAAUUCACAACUUUUUGAGCUAAAGAUCAGAUCUCUAGUUACCUCUUUGUGCUACUACUGUAUGGUAUGGGCAGGUCACCUUUAAAUCACUUGCAAGAGUUUAAAGAGGGGAGGAAAAAAUUCCCUAUAUUGUAAUUGGCCAGUUACCCUCGUGUGCAAGUGCUAAGUACUUGCAAGUUUUACUGAACAGUCUUUCAACAAGGUUUUGUCCAAGCAGUGGCUCACAGAGCUUCUCACUUUUGAGUGCUAAUUCAACUUGCACUGUAUUGUUUGUUUUUGUACUAUGAGUGUGUAAAGUUGAAAGUUGAUUUUUGUAUCAGUUGUAUUAUCAAAUGCUAUUAAAGCUUAAUUGUUUCUUUUGCAGACUUUUUGGGAACUUUGUUGAGAGAGUACUAAUUCCUGAUGUGCGCAAGGUAAGUCCUUAGUCGUCUUGACCAUAACACUCCCAGGAUCUAAAUAACAAUUCUCUUUAGUGGUUGUCAAACAUGUCUAAUCAUUUUAGCUCUUAGAAUUUGGUGUGACAUAGAACAAUCUCCCUAAGUGAUAUCUGUCUCUCUUGUAAUCACCUUAAAGUUUAUUCUUGAGAAAUCACUGAUAUUGUUGAGGUCUUGUUAGGAAUUGAAAAGGAUAACCCUCCCAAGUUCUAAAAGUUCGUUUUGCUUACAGAUUUUUGUAUCCUUCUUUGAAUAAGUUAUACAUUCAAACAAUAUCCCAAAGUGGGUAAUUUUCCAUUUCACCAUUGGCAUACUUGACUGCUUAUUAAGAAGUGCAUGGGGAAUUUGCAUACAGGGUACUCAUUACUUCUAUUAAAAGAAAUAAAAUGAUAAAUAAAAUCCUCAAGAGUUAGAAUACCCAAAUGAGGACAAAUUUCCAGAAUUUUUGUUUUCUUUUAAACAAUUCUCUUUCUUCUAAUUUCUUGAUGAAAUUAGUAUAUGUCUAAUAUGAAGAUUGUGUGCUGACCCUUGUAGGUAUCAGGGAGUACAGAAAAGCGGAUCUGUGCUAUUGGAAUAACCAAGCUUCUUACAGAUUGUCCUAAAUUUCUAGAAACUCACAGUCAUGUUUGGUGAGGCCUCUUUGUUUUCCUAACUUGGAUUAGGGUUUUUAAUCCCAAGAAAAUAUCCUCAUCAUCCUUUUUGGUUUGAACUCCUUGCUAGGGCUGUUAACACAAAUUAACAAUGGCCAAACUUUGCCUGUUGCUUUGAGGUUUUUUUUUUUUUUUUUGGCCCUUCAGCCAUCAAUGUGAGAUACAGUUUAGUAGACAAUACAUUAACUUGAAAUUUUAGUAUCAGCUUUGUCUGCUCUUCAGUUACAUAUGUAUACCUCCAAAUUAAAAUACAAUUUGCUCAACCCCUCUGGAAAUUAGCAUUUCUCUUCAGACUUGCUGAAAUAAUAGGGGGGAAAAACCCUGUCCUCUGAAGAACUUCUAAUGAAUCCUUAUGUUGAGUGCAGAAUCUGCACUGGAGACAUUUUCAUAGUACACAUACUCAAAGUAAUUUUGUUAUUUAUUGCAAUCACUUUUCUUUUUAUAGGACCCCUUUGUUACAAGUUUUGAUUGAAUUCUUUGAAUUACCUGAAGAUGAUUCGAUCCCUGAUGAUGAGCACUUUAUAGAAAUUGAAGACACACCAGGUAUUUUUAUUGCUAAUGAAAAUAACUUUGAACAUCCCAGGGCAUUGACUUACUGUAAUUUGAGAAACCUGGAUUUUCACAGAAUUGCAGAUUCUCAUUUUCAAGGGCUCAGAGAGGUCACCAAACAUUGUGAAAUUCUGAAAUAUAAAUUUUCCUUUGGUAAUAUUCAAGCCCAAUUAAUGGCUUAUGUUGUAUGCACAUGCUCUUUUUUGUCAGUUUUAACAGCCAACCAAAAAAAUAAUUCCCCUGCCAGUUAUUCUAGGGUAGUUGUGGAUUAGACUUACAAUCCCUUAUGGUGAACUAAGUUUCAGAAGAAAGCAAAUCAAAUAUCAAAUGUUGUUUGAUUUUUCACAGGUUAUCAGACAGCUUACUCCCAGCUGGCAUUUGCAGGAAAGAAGGAAAGAGAUCCAUUUUCUGGUAUGAUUCCUGAUGCCAAAGUUUUCCUUGCACAGUCACUACAGAAACUGUCAUCUACACACCCUGGAAAGGUAUGGUAGACAUAAUGCAAACAUGGUUACAAUCAUAACAUGAUUAAAAAACCCCUCUUGAUAGGAAUGCUACUCAUGCUGCAUGAUGAAGGUGUGGAACUCAGGACCUUGAUUCUUGAACUGGUAGAACACUCAGUUCAACAUGUGGUUAUGAAUGUACUUAUUUACUUAUUUUUUCAAAUUUUGUCAAUUCUUAUAGAUAAACACCAAGAUCACAUCUGAACUUCAUUCAGAUGCUCAAGGAUUCUUGCAGAAAUACCUUCAAGAAGCUGGUGUCAGCCUGGGAUGAACAAGAUCUCCUGUUAGUCUACCUUUAAUUUAAAGCCAAAAAGGAAAAUGCUACAGUUUAGCAAAGGUGUAAUUUAGAUUAUGAUCAUAGGAUGGCAAGAAACUGACUGAGAACUUCAUAUGUAACUGUAUACAGUUGAUUAUUGAGCUUAUUAGGUGAAAUUCAAAUGGUUGGUGUAAAGCUGAAGAUCUGGGAAAUAUUAUGUAAACCAAUAUUUUCAAGCUUAUAGGGGGCAAAGGGGUAAUUGGGCCUGAAAAGGAGCAAGUACAAAUAACCCAAACAACUUUUGCCUAAAAUCACAAUAAUUAAAAAAUCUCUAAAAAACCAUAGAACUAUCAAAUGAUGUCAAGAAAGACCUAAAAUCCUCUGAGUAUAGCUUCUUAGUCAUCUAAUUAACUGUAAUAUAUAUAGAGACAAAUUAGUAAAAAAACCACACACUGACUGUCCAAGAAAGAAAAAUUGGUUUAUAUGAUAUCAAUCUGUUAAAAGUUCUGUUUUUCUUAUAGAUUGUUUAGAUAUGGACAUGUUAAGAAGUGACUAAAUUUUGGGACAGAAAGAUUGAAGUUACUUUGUACUACAGGCAGGCAGGCUUGUUAUACCAGAAACCAUGAUCGGUUUAGUUACAGAUAACCCCAUGGUGACUGGUUUUUCAAUCAUUCCUGGGUUCCAUUUCAGUUCAGACGGAUUAAAUGUGAAUACACAGCUGAUGUGCCAUAUGUGUAGCUAAGUCUCUGUCUUAUGAUGGAAGUUAGAAGCACAUAUAUUUGUAUGAUUUGCUGUUAUCAUUAAACAUGUAAUGUACAGCUAACAUAGAUAUUUGAGAUAAUAAAAAGCAGUUACAAC